AUGAACCCUUGUGUGUUUAUAAUCUUCUCACUUCUCUUGCUACUCACUGAGACUACAACUGCUAACCAAUUGGUAGCAGUGGGAGGAGGAGGAGGAGAUGAUGAUGAUAAAGGUGUUGUCAAUAAGUGCACUGAUAAAGAGAGACAUGCUCUCCUUGAUUUCAAAGUUAGCAUUCAAGACCCCAAUGGUCAUCUCUAUACAUGGAAAGCUGAAGAAGACGAUUGUUGUAAGUGGUUCGGAGUCACAUGCAACAACGAAACUGGUCAUGUCACAGAGCUUGAACUAUGGCACAGUGGUCUUGGAGGUAAGAUUAGCCAUUCGUUGCUUAACUUAAGCAACUUGAAUCAUCUUCAACUUUCCUUCAAUUCUUUUCAUGGACCCAUUCCCACGUUCAUUGGUUCCAUGACUCAAUUAAGGUACCUUGAUCUUAGCGACAAUGGUUUUAAUGGAAUCAUUCCAGCCUCACUUGGUUCCUUGACCGAAUUAAGUUAUCUUGACCUUUCCCACAACUCUCUUUAUGGAACCAUUCCUCCAGAGUUUGGAAACCUCACUAACUUAGAAGAGCUUCUCCUUGGAUAUGUUGGAAGAUGUAGAGUUGAAAAUCUGGAGUGGAUAUCUCAUCUAUCUUAUUUGCAACAUCUUGAGAUGGAUGAGAUCUCCAUGUCCAAAGCAAACAAUUGGGUUAAUGUAGUUUUGGGUCUUCGAAAACUAUCACAUUUAAGUUUACAAGGAUGUGAGCUUUCUCAAGUCAUGGAUCCAUAUUCUUCUUUUGUCAAAUCUUCUUCAUCAAUUGAAAUCCUUGAUCUUAGAAACAACAAUCUCACCUCAUCCAUGUAUACUUGGUUAUUCCCAUUAACCAACAAUAAGCUUCGUUUUCUUUUGCUAUCUAGCAACACGUUAGAUGGGAUACCAAAAUAUCUUGGUAACCUUUGUAGUUUGGAAGUUUUUAGAUUUGAAAACAACUCUGCUAUUGUCAACCUUCCUGAUUUUCUGAACAACUUGUCUGGAUGCACAUCAGUUACAUUACAAUGGUUGUCAGCUUCAGGAAGCCAAUUUACAGGGUCAUUACCCGAUGAGAUCCAAAACUUUUCAAACCUAGGAUACUUGUGUCUAUCUCACAAUUACUUAAACGGAACUAUAAGUGAGAAAGUGUGGGAACUACCAAAACUUGAAACCCUUGACGUUUCUUUCAAUAAUCUUAGAGGUGCCAUCUCUGUAAACAUUGGAAACUCGAAGGUUUCUAUAAUUGAUCUUUCAAAAAACUCACUCGAAGGAGUUCCUUCCAUAGAUCCCAUGUCAAACCUUUCUUAUGCAGAGGCGAUUGAUCUAAGCUCUUGCAAUUUAGGGCCUCAAUUCCCAAAAUGGAUUCAAAAUCUCAAACAUCUUACUCGUCUUGAUAUUUCUAACACUAGAAUAUCAGACACAAUUCCUCUUGAUUUUUGGGACACGUGGCCUUCACGAUUACAUUAUUUCAAUCUCUCUUCCAACAACAUCAGUGGAAAAGUAUCAGAUUUAUCAUCGAAUUUUGACUUUGGUUCGGUGAUAGAUUUGAGUUCCAACAACUUCUAUGGUCCAAUACCUAAUGUUUCUUCCACUGUGGCAUCAUUAAAUCUCUCCAGAAACAAAUUCUAUGGAGGGAUUUCCUUUUUAUGCCAAAUUGUUGAUGGGUUUUUACAAGUUCUUGACCUCUCCCACAACUUUUUAACUGGCGAACUUCCAGACUGUUUAUGGAAUUUCAAACAGCUAAAAGUUCUAAAUCUGGGACACAACAACCUAUCUGGAAGGAUUCCUACUUCAGUUGAAUCUUUGAUCAAACUCAAGGUAUUGUAUUUAUACGACAAUAACUUCUCUGGAGAAUUGCCCAUGUCUUUAAAAAAUUGCACGAGUUUAAACUCGUUGAAUUUGGGGGGCAACAAGUUUUCGGGUAACGUGCCUGUUUGGAUUGGAGAAAACUUAUUGGGGUUGUAUGUUCUUAUCCUAAGAUCAAACAACUUCUUCGGAACCAUGCCUUUACAAUUAUGUCAAUUAGAAAACCUUCAAAUCUUGGAUUUGUCAAUAAACAAUCUCCAUGGAACCAUUCCUUCAUGUUUGAACAAUCUUACUAGCAUGGUUCAAGAAGGAUUCACACAAGUACAAGAUCUACAAUAUGAUUACUCAUCGUAUUUCCAUUUAGGUAGAGAUGGUGUUGCUUAUGCUGACCAUGCAGUGGUUGAGUGGCUAGGAGAUGAGCGUGAAUUCAUUAACAAUUUGAGAUUGUUGAAGAGCAUUGACCUGUCAAGCAACAAUUUAACAGGGCAAAUCCCAUAUGAGAUCACCAAUCUUUAUGAACUCAUUGCAUUAAAUUUAUCAGGGAACGCUCUUCGUGGAGAGAUUCCACGUAAUAUGGGUCUGAUGAAAAAACUUUUAGCUUUGGAUUUAUCUAGAAACAAUUUGUCGGGAGAUAUACCAUCAAGCAUGUCUCAAAUGAGUUUAUUGGAUUACAUAGACGUCUCAUGUAAUAAUUUGGCGGGUAGAAUUCCAUCUAGCACUCAACUCCAGUCCUUUGAGCCUUCAAGAUACGAUGGAAACAUAGGAUUAUGUGGACCUCCCCUUAUUACAAAAUGUCCUGGAGACGAAGAAGAUGAAGUACCAUCUGUCAUUGGUAAAAGUAAGGGUGAUGGAGAAGGUCUAGAUGAAUUUUGGGUAUGGUUCUAUAUUGGUGGGGGAGCUGGUAUUGCUACUGGGUUUUGGAUAUCAUGUGGUGCUUUACUUUUUAACCGCGUUUUGGAUAUCAUGUGGUGCUUUACUUUUUAA